ACUCAAUUCUCUUUUUUUUUUUUUUCUUUCUUCUUUCUUCUUUCUUCUUUCUGCCCUAAACAUAAAAACAAACUCAACGCUUCAUCCGUUGUGAAAAAGAAGCAGCCAACAUGCCAGUGGCUCUUCAUAACGAACUCAUGGGUUUUACCUCGUUUGCUUCUGCUUCCUCCAAACUUCUUCUUCAGAAUAAUACUUUUCGACACAACCAACCCUUGUUCGGCCUCAAUCCUAUCUCGCUUCCUUUCCAGAACACAACAAGGGGUACGAGGUUGAGAAGGGAAGCAAGGUUUCCGGUGGCAGCUAUCAGUCAGGAUUUUAUGAAGACCACACUGAGAGUGCAUGCAGAGAAACCGGUGCAAUUCAAGGUCAGAGCUGUGGUAACAGUGAGGAACAAGAUCAGAGAGGAUUUCAAAGAGACCAUGUUGAAGCAUUUGGACGCCAUCACUGAUAGGAUAGGGACAAGAAAUGUUGUGCUGGAGCUUAUCAGCACUGACAUUGACCCAAAAACGAAAUCUCCAAAGAAGAGCAACAAAGCAGCCCUAAAGGACUGGUCAAAGAAAUCCAGUGUCAAAGCAGAGAGAGUUAAUUAUACAGCCGAAUUUAUUGUGGACUCGAAUUUUGGAGUCCCUGGAGCUAUUGCUGUGACAAACAAACACCAAAGAGAGUUCUUCUUGGAAAGCAUAGUGAUCGAAGGGUUUGUGAGUGGAGCAGUUCAUUUCCCCUGCAACUCAUGGGUACAGGGAGAGAGGAUAUUCUUUUCUAACAAGGCAUAUUUACCUGGUGAUACACCUGGUGGGCUUAGAGUACUGAGGGAGAAAGAGUUGAUAAAUCUUAGAGGUGAUGGGAAAGGAGUUAGAAAAUUGUGUGAUAGAAUAUAUGAUUUCGACAUAUACAACGAUCUGGGUAAUCCAGAUGAAGGAAUUGAGCUUACCAGACCGACUCUUGGUGGAACCCAAAACCAUCCAUACCCAAGACGCUGUCGUACUGGUCGGGCCCCCACUGAUACAGAUAUGCAUGCUGAGAGUCGUGUGGAUUUGCCACAGCCUAUGUACGUACCAAGAGACGAGCAAUUCGACGAGGCUAAGAUGAACACAUUCGUAAUGAAGAGGCUGAAGGCAGUUCUCCAUAACUUGAUCCCUGGCCUUAAGGCUAGUCUUUCUGCUGAUAACCAAGACUUCAACCGAUUUUCAGACUUCGACGACCUUUACAAUGAUGGCCAGCCCUUGCAAGAUGAAAUUAUAAAGAAAAUCCCACUGUCACAAGUGAUCAUCAAGAUACAACAAUGCAGCCAGGGACUUCUCAAGUAUGACACGCCUAAAAUUAUUUCCAAGGACAAAUUUGCCUGGCUUCGAGAUGACGAAUUCGCCAGGCAAGCAAUAGCAGGAGUCAACCCUGUUAACAUUGAGCGGCUUAAAGUUUUCCCACCGGUGAGCAAACUUGACCCGGAAAUGUAUGGCCACCAAGAGUCUGCACUCAAAGAAGAACAUAUUUUGGCACAACUUAAUGGCAUGACCGUGCAACAGGCAAUAGAGGCAAACAAGCUGUUUAUGAUAAAUUAUCACGAUGUCUAUGUUCCAUUUGUUGACCGGAUCAACGCCCUUGAUGGUAGAAAAUCCUAUGCUACCCGCACCAUAUUUUUCUUGACACCGCUUGGCACUCUCAAACCAAUUGCUAUAGAACUUAGCCUCGGACCAAGUUCCGGAUCGAAACGCGUAGUUACCCCUCCUGUGGACGCAACCACAUAUUGGAAGUGGCAGCUUGCCAAAGCUCAUGUUUGUGCCAAUGAUGCUGGUGUGCACCAACUUGUUAACCAUUGGUUACGCACACAUGCCUGCAUGGAACCAUUUAUAUUGUCUGCUCAUAGACAAUUAAGUGCAAUGCAUCCUGUUUUUAAGCUGUUGGAUCCACACAUGAGGUACACAUUGGAUAUCAAUGCUUUAGCUCGCCAGAAACUGAUCAAUGCUGAUGGAAUCAUCGAGUCUAGUUUUACACCUGGGCGCUACUGCACGGAGAUCAGUUCUGCUGCAUACAAACACUUGUGGCGCUUUGACAUGGAAGGCCUCCCGGCAGAUCUCAUACGCAGGGGAAUGGCGGUACCUGACGCAACACAGCCAAAUGGUGUAAAACUGGUAAUAGAAGACUACCCUUAUGCUGCAGAUGGGCUUAUGGUCUGGUCUGCAAUCGAGAACUGGGUCCGCACCUAUGUGCAGCACUACUACGGCCAUCCAGGCCAGGUUUGCAAUGACAGGGAGCUACAAGCAUGGUACUCUGAAUCAAUAAAUGUGGGGCAUGCUGAUCUUAGGCAUGAAAGGUGGUGGCCCACGUUGAAUGAUAGUGAGGAUCUUGUGUCUAUACUUACCACAUUGAUUUGGACGGUAUCCGCACAGCAUGCAGCCAUUAAUUUUGGACAGUACCCUUAUGGAGGUUAUGUGCCCAAUCGUCCUCCGCUAAUGAGAAGAUUAAUCCCAGAAGACGAAGAGGAAAAAAAGAGUGAAAAACAUGCGAAUUUCAUGGCAGAUCCCGAAAAGUAUUUCCUAAAUGCGCUGCCCAGCUUGUUACAAGCUACAAAAUAUAUGGCCAUAGUUGACACACUCUCUACCCACUCACCGGACGAGGAGUAUUUGGGGGAGCGCCAACAGUCAUCGAUUUGGUCAGGUGAAGCAGAGAUGAUCGAGGCAUUCUACAGCUUCUCCGCAGAAAUGAAAGGGAUAGAGAAGGAGAUUGAGCGAAGGAACUGUGACCCAACACUCAGAAACCGCUGUGGCCCAGGGGUUUUACCUUACGAGUUACUUGCACCUACCUCUCCACCCGGCGUUACAUGCAGAGGGAUUCCUAACAGUGUCUCCACGUAAAGUCUCACCUUCCCCACCCAUUACAAAUUUUGUCACAUAUAUUCAUUCUCAUUUGCAAAUAUGUCCAUCACCAAAAUCUGCCUAAGAUCACUAAUUCACGGAAACAACUCUACUGUGAAUGUGAUUGUAAUUUCCAACUUGUACGCACGCGAUACUAAUUUUCAUUUUUUCAUUAAAUUUAAUUAUUUGUAUUUCUCUUAGAUCUCUUUUCAUUCUGCUUCUUCCCCCAUUGUCUGUGCCGCAAUUGAUGUCGUUAGUUCCCGACAUUGUAAUAUAAAAACCAUAUAGGCAUUUGUCACUUUUCCCUUCAA